AUGGCGUUCGCUCUGGCGGCCAUGCCGCCUGCUUUCGCUGCCUUGGGCGACAACGGAGGGAUACUGUAUAUCCCGUCCGCUGCCUCCUUAGCUCAUCACUGCCCCUCCAGCUGUGGGAACAUCGACAUCACCUACCCCUUCGGCAUAGGAGCCGGCUGCUUCCAACAAGGCUUCGAGCUUACCUGCAACUACACCUCUCAACCUCCAAAGUUGUUUCUGGGCAACAGCACAACUCAGGUUACUUACAUAAGCAUAGGAGAUAGUAACUUAGUUUACGUCCCUGCUAUGUUCUUCAACGGUACUAGCAUGGAAGAAUAUGGCUUUCAAGGAACAAUUGUUCGGGCUGAUAAAAUGGCAGCACAGUCACAUCCUCUGCACCCUGGCAUCAUGGCUUUCAUGUCGAUUGGAGAUCAUUACAUGGAAAAUGCGACUGAUCUUUUCUCAAGUUGGACAAAUGCAAGCAAGAUUGAUGACGCUGCACUUUGGGUUGCCAUCAUGGACCAACCAAGCUGCAAAAUCACGCAGAUGAACAAGGCAAGCUAUGCUUGUUGUGGCACCGACAGCAUUUGUAGAAAUGCAUCACAUGGAGGUUACACCUGCGACUGCUCCAAUGAUUUUUACACGUCCAAUGCUUACCUUUCAGAUGGAUGCAUGCUGAAACAAGAUUACAACCCGAAGCCUAAAGAGCAUUGCCGGAGGUCAUGUGGAAACAUGACCAUUCCCUUCCCUUUUGGCCUCGAAGAAGAUUGUUAUGGAAACAAAAGGUUCAAGCUUAAUUGUACAGCAGGUAACACUACACUUUUCAGCUCAGGAAGUGCACAAUAUCACGUGAUUAAUGUGUCAGUAGAAGAUGGGACUCUGAUUGUCAGCAACACACUAAACAACAAUGCAAGCUCCAAGAAAGAAAUGGUAAUAGUUAAUACCAACGAGCAAGGAGAUACUGACUUCGAGGGCCCUGUCGAAGAUCAAUUUGAUUUUCUAUGGAAUAUGACAUUGUUAUAA